AUGAUGAUAUCAAAAAAGGUUUCUUUAAUAAUCUCUCUUUCUUUAGCAUUUAAAGACCUAAAAAAUGAAAUUUACAAGCAUUUUGAGAAUUCAGAAGAAGAAUUAAAGUUGGUUCAUGAAUUAAUUCAUACUUCCAUUUUUCAAGAACCUAUAGAUGAUUCAAUACUCAUAAUAGAAAGUUUAUUUAAACUCAUGUCUGAGAAAUCUUCAACUCAUCCAGAAAUCAUCGACAUUUUAGAGAGACUUAAUCAACAACUGUGGAAUGAUAUUCAAAAACCACUACACAUGUUGGCAGAUUAUAGUUAUCGUAGCAGUGACAUUACUAUUCAAGCACCUUUUAAUCAACUUUCUGAUUUGGGUAGGAUCUUUGAUGAUCUUAUGAAGCAUAUAUUUGCAGACUCAAGAAUAUUGACUCAACCAUCUGGUGUAGAUAAUAAACAUCUCUUUCAAACUGCCCAAUUAAUUAAUUGUGGUUAUUAUCUAAAAAUCAUUCUUCAUGACUACCUUAGAGCUAUCCUUGGUCUUGACCAGACUAUGUCACCCUGGUAUCUUGAUCCACUAAAGCCUUAUACUAAUAGUAAUCCUUUAUUUGGGCUUUUACCUGCAGAAAUUGGUAAUCAACAUCCAACUAUAGUAGAAGCUGAUGAGAAAUGGAUUGACAAAAAGUUUAAAUAUAUUUUGGAAACUGAUAAUCCAGAUAAUAUAAACAUUUCGAUUCAUAUAAUUACUCCUUUCAUGACAUUUAAUCAUAUAAAACAAGAUAAAGAUGGCAAAUUUAAAGAUAAUGAUAUUGCUGAAGAGCUUAUAAAGGGAACAGAAAAAAUUAUUGGUAUUGAAUCAGCCAGAUCUUUGGGUGUGGCCAGUCUUAACGACCUCCGCAAGUCACUUAAUUUGGUGCCUUAUACUUCAUUUGAGGAUAUGACAGCUGAUAAAGAAGUAGCAGCAAAACUCAAAACCCUUUAUACACUUGCUUUUCCUUUUACAAUUAGCUAUGGCAUUUUAUCAGACAAAAAUCUUGAAGUACCUGAUGAACAAUUAGUUAGAGGUGGUGUUUUACAUCAACUCCUUCUAAAAAAUCUUCUUAAUUGUUAUUCACCCAAUUCUGCUUAUGCUUUUUAUCCGUUCACUGUGCCUGCAAAAACAAAGGAGAUUCUAAAAGAAUGUAGUGAUAACUUUUGGGAGAAAAUUAAAUAUAAUAGGUCUAAUCCACAGAUUUGA